AUGGAUGCACGGGCCGAACUCAAAAUCUCGAGGAAGUUGCAUCCUGCAGGUCGACCGACUUUCCUCGACCUCAAGCCCACUCCUUUCGUGAACACAACAUCAGCACCAAAGGCGUGUCUUACGGUAGUGAUCGGUCGUAUUGAAGAGAAAGAGCUCGAGAAGAUGGCGCUCAAUGUCGGCGCGAGGCCCAUGGCCAAUGGACAUACAUCGCCGACACAGGCGGAAGAAGAGCAGAUGUAUGACCAGCUGCUACGCGUUCGCGAUGCUGUUCUUGCUGGCUCGCACCCACAGUUCAAAUUGUCCGCCGCAGCGAUCGAGCGUCUGAAAGCUUUGAGCAAUACAGGCGCUCUCGCUGCAGGCCCAGAGCAGCGCAACAACACUGCCGACAUGAACGGCUCAUCAUCGCUUCCCAGCAGCAAUGCUACUAAUCGCACACAGCAGCCUCCACCAUCAUCGGCAUCUUCCUCCGCCCUUCCAGGACUGCACGCGGUCACCACACCAUCGCGCACGAAUGGUGCUCCUCCUCGUCGCCAGUCGUCGGCACAGUUCAACCCACUGUUCUUAGAAAAAGCAGAGAGCUUGGUGAAGGCCGAGGCGAUGAUCAAGCGGCGGAAUCUGGAGGCUGAACUGCGUGCCCAAGUCGACCGCAGGAACAAUAUGCGCGACCGAGAUGCCAUCAAUGAGAUGGGACCUCUGGCUUUAGACCACACAGCCAUCCUCAACAGCGUUCUCGCACGCAUCCCUCAUGUGUCCGGCUUCGCGCCAGACACGCGACCAGAGAGCGCUGGUGCCAGUACAUCGUUCGACGAGAACGACUACUACUCCAGUCAAGUCGAAAGUGAAUGGUCAUCCCCUGCCAGCUCAAGUAAGCCUUCUGACCGAGCCGCAGAUGCUUCACGGGCAGCCGCUGGCCAGUCCGCACCCACCGCGCCAGCUACCGUCUCAGGCAAAGCACCUCUCGUUCCACAGCAAGCGUCUGCGAGCCAAGCUCCAUUCGAGAUUGAGGACGAUGAUGAUGACGAUGAGUAUGCCCCUCCUGAUGCCAGUGCGUUUGAUGCGUUCGACGACAACAGUGGCUUCAUGGACAUCACCCAAGACACACAGGUGGAGGACGAUGACGACUCCGACUACGAGCCAGGAGAGAUCACCCAGGAUAGCAACGCCGCGACACCAUACCAGUCGCAGCUCGGCUUCCAGUCUUCUCCACGAGUACCGAUCAUCAGAAACCAUCUCACUCAUCUCGCCGCUCCUCAGCCCAAUCGCGUAUCACCUCUCGCAGUCGCCAAAGGACCGAACAUCGAGCUUGAGCUGAUCAACGGCCGCCCGGAAGUCGUGCACAAGCCUCGUACUAUGCAGAACAUGCCUUCUCGUGCGAGUACCGCUUCACCACCGGGACAAGGUGCCAACAACAACAACAACAACAAGAAGCGUCGCAACAAGAAGCGGAAGCGGGAUAGCGAGCCAUCCUCCAAGUCGAAGAAGAAGAGGGAUAGAAAUCCCGCCGCAAUCUCACCUCCAUCACCGAUGUAUCGUGAGCCGCGGAUCAAGGAUGAGCCAGUCUCACCUCCGCCAUAUGGACAGCUCGCUGAAGUGCCUGUAUACCAACAGCGGCCUCCACAUCUUGAGCUUGUGCCUCGCCAGUACCCCACUCAGGUCCAGUACAUCGAGCAGCCUCAAUCUGGCUUGCGGUACGAGUACGCUCAGCCUUCACCUACUGUCGUCCGUGUCGCUUCUCCCGCGGCUCAUCGUCCUGCUCAGAGGGACAAUCAGGACUUGAGACGAGUAGCGAGUCUCCACUUGGCACAGCGCCCUCAAUCGCCCACACAGCAGUUCCAAUCUCCAGGAUCUCAGCGCACCGUCUCAAUGACAUACGCCGACCCUCGCUACUCGCGCUCUUCUAUGGCUCCAGUCGACGUUCGCUCACCUCAGUAUCAAGACCAGCCGCCGGUUCAAUACGUGCAUGCUGAGCAUUAUCGCUCUUCUCCUCAAACUCCGCAGUACCAUGAUCCGUAUGCUAGGGCCCAGAGUCCAGCCAUGAUGCCACCGCCCGCUGCUCCUGCACGCCCAGUUGUGUAUGACCAGCAUGGCAACCGCUAUUACGCAGCAGAGCCCGCUCCAGCACCCCGACCACGAGUCAUCGCUUCAAGAGCUUCUGUUGCUCCCGUUGAGCUCGGCUACGAGCGAUCACAAAGCCGCAUGGCCACUGGAUACGGGAUGCCACUGCCGGCUCCACAGUACGACCCAGCCGAUCCUCGUAUGGGUCCACCUCCGACACCCAGCCGAAGACAGACUUCCGAAGUGCAGUACGUCGAUGCCCAAGGUUAUCCAGUCCAGCGGUACCCUCCUCGACCAGUGGAACCGGAGCUGGUGCGCUACAUCAAAGCUCCCACAUCUCCGGUAUACCAGUCGUCCAGUCCACGCUACGGGCAGAUGCCACCACCGUCCGCUCCGCCUGCGCCAACAUCGCCGAUGUAUGUCCCGCAACGGAGCUAUAGCGUCCGUCCGGAAGAGAUUUCACAGCCUCCGGGUGCGUAUGCUCGUCAAGCCAGUGUUGCGCCAACCCAGUACGCUCGUCCGGAUGCUGCUCCCAUGGCGGGAAUGCGAGCCAUGAGCGUCAUGCCAGGGUAUGAUCACGGCGCCAUUGCGCUUCCUCGCGCCUACAGCCAGGCUCCGCCGCCGCAGGCGCAGCCAGUGAAAUAUUACGACGAGAAUGGCCAGGAGGUGUAUCCGAGGGAGAUUCGACAGGUGCCGCAGGAGUACCGAUAUCAGUGA